UUCUGAAACGAAAACAGAACAAGUAAAAAGUGCAGUGUGUCAUGGAAGGACAAAAAAUCUACACGAGCGGCUAUGACAGCGCACCUCUGAAGGCAAGGCAUGUUUCUUGGACGGUUUUUGUGACACGCAGUCACCACAAAUCGAAUUGAAAUACAUCAGCUUCUGGGUUUUACGGUAUCGAAACACAAACUGUCAAACGUUGUUCACGUCACGAGGCAGUCGUUGGAAUUGGGUGACAGCCCAAAUCCCCUCGGCCACCAAGGAAACCUUACAAAUCCCGUGGCCUACUAGACGAAUCGAACCAGCACCGUUGUAGAGCUAUCGAGACACUUCCCAAACAGUCAGUUGUUGCAUAUUUUCGUUCGUUCGUUUCGUUCGCCUGCUUUGAUGUUGUUGCUGCUACAGCCGCUGACAUUAUUGCUGUUAUUACUGCCCUAGUGCAAACUGCAAUUGCACUCGGUCGACGCGCCUGCUGCUGCCGCCGCCGCCGCGUAUAGUUCGGGGUUGUGCGGAGCUGCAGCAGCCAACACUAAAACAGUUGUGGUGAAGUUUUCGAAACGCCGAGAAGUGAAAAAGCAGAGUGCGCGCGAGGUUUUUUUCGUCGGUCGGCCGCCUGAAAUCGUGUGGCCCUGGUUCGUCGUAUUCUUCGGUAGUGCCUUGUGUGUUUUUCCGCGGCGGUUUGUUUUUGUUUACGCUGAUCGUGACAGAAUCGUGACGUGGGCCGUGACACGCGCAUUCGAUCGUCUUCGUCGGCAGGGAGCAGCUCUACAAGUGGUGAAUAUCUACCCGUGGCCUUCGGAGGCCCCCGUCGGACCUCGCAACCACCCCACCCCCAUCACUAUAGAGCAGCACAAACACAAACAAAGCUCACACGUUCAGCCAGCUGUAUUGGUGGAGGUGUACGUGCGUGUUCGGGGCCGUAACUAGACUAAACAUGGGUCCAUGCGUCGUCGAUGAUGAUCCCCCGAAGUGCGUGUUCCGGUGGUGAAUUUGACCGAUGUUUUGAAAUUUCGGCAGUGGUGAAUUUGUGUUCUGUGAUCUACUCUGACAAACAUUCCAACGAAGUAGGCGGCGACGAAAGUCAUCACUCGAAAGUGCACGAGUGAACAUGGCUCCGGCUGGUCGUUCCUGAGACGUCCUGGUGCCAAAACAUUCCCGUGAACAGCAACAACAACAACAACAACGUCAACAGACGACGACGAAUACAGCAGCGACAACGCGUCCAGACUUUUCCUCAACAAAUGCAACAACAACGUCGACCGAAGCAGCGAAAAGUUUGCGACGAAUCACUUGUUGCAUUACCCUGAAACGAUAACAACAGCAACAACAAUAGAAGCAAAAGAAGCAAAACCGACAACAACUCCAACGGAAGAAGAGGAAAACUUCCAGCGUGCAUAGUUACCAACGACGACGACGACAACCGGGGAGACCCGGUUGCUGUGAGUGCGGUGAGUGUCAGUGUGAAGUGAGCGGUGAAGUGAAGGUGCAAGUGAAGCAACAAGUGUGUGCUCUGCACAGCAGUGCAGCAGCAGUGCCAAAGCAAUCCGGGGCGGCUAUCGCAGUAAGCCGCGGCGCGGAAUUUCGACGACGGCCGCCGCGUGACGGCAUUCCCGGACGGCGGCAUGGCGGACUGCUCGUACGCCCGGUGCGUCCAGGAACGGCGCUACAUCCGGCGGGAGCUGGCCAAGUGGACGAAAAAUAUGGUGCACAUAGUUGGUACGUAUCGUGGCAAAUUGAAUGUUGCAGAUGCAGGUUUUGAAAUGUCUAUCGGUGGAAAUAGCUGUUUAUAGGGUAUUUUUCCGUCAGACUGGAGCGCGUUGCUGAAGAAUUGAUGGGACGCAGAAAAUGGAAACAUUAUCAGGACGUCCUCACGCGCCAACCGUUGAACCUGCUGGACCCGAGCACGAACGCCACCGUCGCCGACGAGGUCGACGUCGAGCUGCUGCAGAGCGCGGCGGCGGCGGCGGUCGUGGCCAGCAGUGUUGCCAGCAACGCGGUCCCCCCCUCGCUGGUGGCGGCAGCGGCCGCCGUCGGUGGGAACUUUGUCGACCAGAAGGGCGGAGGAGCAGCCGCCACCGCGGCGAUAGUACGCAACGGUCACUACCAGCAAGAAGGCGAACUAGCAACCUCCAACAAUCAACAAGUAGCAGCAGCAGCAACAGCAGUAGAACAUCCGGACCAUGCUGCAUCUGCGACGGCCACUGCCGCCGGUAAGCAUCCGAACCACAUCAAUGAAAACGAUACAAGAUCGUCGACGGCUGCGGCGGCUACAACGGCCAAUCCCACCAGCCAUUCCCCGCCAGCUCCUCCUCAUCCAACGGCGACGCCAGUAACAGCACUUCUCAACAACCACCACCAUCAGCACCACCAUCCACAUCAUUCCCAACACCAACGUGGUGGUCCUCAUCAUGACGGCAGCAGUCCCAGUCCGGGAGGGGUGGUGGUAGACGCCAAUGUGGACCAACAGCAGCAGCAGCAGCGACAUCAGUCAGAACAAGAGGAAGAUGGCGGUGGUCGGAUAGGAAACUCUGUCUCCUCGCCGGCAUCGACGACGACGACGGCGACGGCGACGACAACAGGACUGCUCUCGCCGGCCGCCGGCAGUAACAACGAGCAGGAGCUGGUCGGGAAACUGACGGGCAUCAAGCAGGAACCAACAGAAAAUCAAAACAAUUCAUCAGCAACACCGGAGCAGCAGCAGCAGCAAAGUAAACUAAUUAAGCAGGAAAAUUGUAACAAUUUGCUAAAUAGCAAAAUCAUCAUCAACAACAACAACAGUGCAACCAACAACAACAACAAUAAUAAUAAUAUUUCAAGCGGUAGUGGUAGCGCCGGCGAAACCGACGGCACCAAUGCCGCCACUCUGGAUGGUGAAAACAGUAGUAAGCAACAGCGGCAUCAACAUCAUCAGCAUCACCACCAGCACCAUCAUCAGAACCAUCCUUCGCAACCUCCGACGCCAGUGGACUGGAAACCGCAGGACAAAUGCUACUUCUGCGUUGACGGAAAACUGCUGACGGUGAACGAAGCUGGGGAACUGGUGCCCGAAUCUGGUCAUCCGACUCACGUCGGGGGUGGCGGUGGUGGUGUUGGAUCGCAACGGGUUGUGCCCAAAACGGAGGUUCUCAACGAUAGCGAUUGCGAAUCGAGUGACAGCUCCGAGUCGGACCUGCGGGCGGCCAUUGCGGCCGGACGGGCCGGUGGACUGCCCGGGUCCAAAUCGCUGGCAGCACUGCUCCGGAGUACGAGCAGCGGUCCGUCUGCGGGCGUUUCGCCGACGAUGGCUUCGCUCCAAACGAUGGCGUCGCAGUUUGCGGCCAUGGCGUCGCUUCCACCGGGGCUGGCGCAGCUCUACAACCCUCUCUGGUACAGUCAGUUGCAGCAGCAGAUGUCCCCAUCGGGAGCGAGUGGUUCGACCGGCACCGAUGCAACAACGGCAGCCGCUAGCAGUCCAACGGAGAAAUCCGGUGAGGCAGGAGCGCCGGUAGUGGUCGGACCAGGUGGUGAACAACCGCUGGAUCUGAGCGCCAAGCCGGGUUCUUCCGGUCUCGGGGCUGCCCUCAACGCUGGCCACCUCAUGAUGAGCAUGAUGGACCCGAAGAACAUCUACAAGUAAGUGGCAAUUUUCUUUCUAGUAGGUAAGA